AUGGAGGGUGGCAGGAGAGCCCACACUGCUGUUGUUGGCUGGGCCUGCACGACCCUGUGCUUGGUCUCCUACGCGGCCGCCUUCUCGCAGGGCGCGAGCCUUUCCGCCUGCAGCGACAUGAUGCCCAGACACCUGAGGGUGCAGCUGCACAGCUCCAACAGCAACUACGUCACUGUCCACACCAACAUGUCCUUCUUCUUCCCGGGAGACAAGGUGCCAGUGACAGUAAGAAGCACCCGGGAUUACAUGGGCUUUAUGCUGCAAGCUCGCAAAGUGUCCAACAACGAAAUCGCCGGCACAUUCAUCUUCCUGCCUCCCGGUUCCAAGCUGCUGACCUGUUUUGAAGAAGGUGACACUGUCACACACUCAGACAAGUCACUGAAGAGAAACCUGUCCUUUGUAUGGAAAGCACCAGACCAACCCAUUGGAGACAUCAAGUUUUUCAUCUCCAUAGUCCAGUCAUACUUUGUUUACUGGGCAAAGAUUGAAUCUGCUGUUGUGGCUCAGGGAGGGCAAAACAAGACUCUUGCUGACAAGAAGCCCGAUGCUGUAGCCCCCACGCCCCUGCAGAGAGCAGCUGACCCUCACCCCACAGAUGUGACUACAGGCUGCUUGGAAAUAUAUGUGCUUAGAGAUACAGGACACAAAGUUAAUGGGGGCAGUACUGAGAGUGGGACCAUCUUGAAAGCCUCCUUACGUGUGACAGCAUCUCCCUCUGCCCUGCACGUACGCACUCACCUGGGCGACAUCGCUGCAACCACAGCCUGGCUUGGUGAUGCCAGCGCUGCUGGCAAUUUGUCCUCGGCAUCAAGGCAAAUGGCAGGAAGAGAGUUGGCACCACAGCCAGAGGAAGCAGGCACCAGGGGUGAGGAGGACAAGGAUGAGCAGGAGGCAGCUGGGAAUACCCUGCCAUGGGUGACCAGACCAGCUCCCGAAUCUGCUGUUCCUGGGAUAGGGGAAGGCCCUGGCAGAGGAACCCGACUCCUUGCAGCCCAACUUGGCAUCCUCCUGGUCUGCACGGCCGCGCUGGGGCUGCUGCUGGCAGCUGCCACGCGCUGCGUCUGUGCCCAGCACUGCCACAAGCGGGCCGAGGUGUCCUUCAGCAAGCCUGAGCCCGACAUCCUCACCAUCACGGGAAACGGGAAGGUGAUGCGCUUCCGAAAGGUCCGGGACAACAGCUUCGUGCUGGUGCCGGCCGAGUGCAACUGGGUCAGCCCCUCGCGCAGCGCGAAGAGGACUGCGGUGGUUUAG